CAGAAGAGAAGCACGUGAGGUUUGUGUUCAGGAAAGACCUCAGCCCUCGAACUUGGAAGCAGGCAGGUGAGAGCGCUGUGCAGCGGUGCAGCGACCAUGGCAAUUGAUGGAAUUGAAGCCUUCUCGCCUCCCUCUCACCCAUCUUCCCAUUUCAGUCAACAGCGCCACUUCUAUGUUGCCGUCGACAGGCUCCAGUUCAAGAUGGUCCUCUUCUCUCAAUCUACGCUCACACACAUUUUUUGGAUUUCAAUUCCUAUGUUUGGAAACAUUAGUGGGUUUGUUGGACGUAGCCGGUCGCCGUCCAUCCUUGCCGAUGAUUGUGUGUUGUAGUUCUCGCGACGAGCUCGAUGCUGUCUGCUCCGCUGUCUCCAACCUCCAAUACAUCUCUUUGGCAUCUUUGUACAGUGAUCUUGCUGAAGCAGACCGUGCACUGAUUUUAGAGACAUUUCCGCAAACAACAUCGAGGUGGAGCCAAAAGCUCAGUUCUCUAUCAGAUGACAAAUGUGAGGUUGAGGAAGAUGGUGAAAAAUCUCACAUGAUUGUAGUAACAGACGCUUGCCUUCCACUUCUUGCGUCUGGGGAGUCACCUCUUUCUGCCCAUGUUUUGAUAAAUUAUGAGCUACCAACAAAGAAGGAAAUGUAUAUGAGGCGCAUGACUACCUGCUCGGCCUCAGAUGGGAUCUUAAUCAACAUGGUUGUUGGGGGAGAAGUGGUAACUCUCAAAAGCAUUGAAGAAAGUAGUGGCCUUGUUAUUGCCGAGAUGCCCAUUAACAUUUCUGAAAUUUUAUGAGAACGCAUCUGAAGACAACACAGAAGGUUCGCUUGUAGAGAUUGUCUGUUAGACAAUAACGAUCUUGAAUUGUGUCAUCUGAUCAACGAAGGAGAUGUUUACCCAACAAUUGAUCAUAUCAAUGAUAUCUUAUGUUUUUAGAUCAUUCCUUGUUAAAUUGUAAGAACAAAAUUUGUAAUUUAACAUCUUAGUCGUUACUUUCUUUUUGGAAUGUUAUAUAUCAUAAAUUCGGUUCAAAUUAA